AUGUACUUCUUCCUAAGCCACUUGUCUCUCCUGGACGUCUGCUACUCCUCCACCAUCAUCCCUCAAACCUUGCUGAAUUUUUUAGUGGAGAAGAAGGUUAUUUCCUUCGUUAGGUGUGCCACUCAGCUCUUCUCCUUUGCGACUUGUGCCACCACCGAGUGCUACAUGCUGGCUGCCAUGGCUUAUGAUCGCUACAUGGCCAUUUGUAACCCCCUGCUCUACUCCGUGGUCAUGUCCCAGAGGUUUUGCGUUGGGAUGUUGGCUGGUGCCUACUUAGCUGGUGUGAUCAGCUCCAUCAUACACACAGUCUCCAUAUUUCAUUUCCCGUUCUGCCGGUCCAAGAGGAUCAAUCAUUUCUUCUGUGAUGGACUACCGCUGCUAGCCCUCUCCUGCUCUGACACCCAUGUCAACGAGGCGAUCGUUUCUGCCGUGGUGGGGUUCAACAUGCUAAGCACCAUGGUCCUCAUUCUAGUCUCCUACUCGUCCAUCCUCUCCACUGUCUUGCGGAUGCGCUCCACGGCCGGUUGUCACAAAGCCUUCUCCACUUGCGCCCCUCACUUGGUCUCCAUCGCUUUGUACUACGGCAGCUCCCUCUUCAUGUACCUGCGCCCCGGCUCCAGACACUCCUUGGAGCGUGACAAGGUGGUCUCCGUGCUGUACUCCAUCGCGCUCCCCAUGCUGAACCCGCUCAUCUACAGCCUAAGAAACACGGACAUGAAGAACGCCAUGAGAAAAGCGAAAGGUAGAGUCCUCUCCUCCUUGUCCAUCCACGGUUCCGGGCCAGGUGAAAGGAGAGGGCUACCCUUGCAUGGUAAGGAGGGGUAG